AUGUCAUCUGAAGACACUCUUGAUUAUUCAAUUGUUACUCCCUUACAACAAGCUUUGGGGAAGUUAUGUCUUGAUUGGUUCACCACAUCUCGAGACAAAAGUGAUAUUGUGUAUUCCACCCAUUCGAUGUUCUUAGCCUUUUCUCUUCUCUAUUUGGGUUCACAAGGCGCAACACAAAAAGAGAUAUCUGAGGUCUUUGGAUUUUCAGCAAUUCCCGCAGACAAAUUAGUUGGCGUUCUUUCAAAUUUAGUGUCUCCAAAAUACUCGAAAAACACUGUUGAAAUUGUUGAUGCGAUUUGGGGUAGUAAAUUUUUUACUUUUGUUGAUGAAUAUACCGAGAAAAUGACACAACUCUCCUGCAAAAUAUCGACAGCAGAUUUUGAAAAAGAAGCUGAGAACACCCGACAAGAAAUCAACGCCUUUGUCGCUCAAAAGACUCAAAACUUGAUUAAAGAUUUAAUUCCUUCAGGUGUUAUAAAUGCGACUACAGUUGCUGUCUUAGUCAACGCAAUUUACUUCAAAGGUAUUUGGAGAGAGAAGUUUGAUAUACUCAAUGACAAACAUGUCUUUGGAAAUGACCAAAAAGUCACGAUGUUGAGUCAAAAAGUGUAUUCUCGAGCUUUGUUUGAUAAAGAGUACACCUCGUGUUCUUUGACGUAUCAAGACAAUAUUAAUCAAAUUGUCUUUGUGAUGCCCGACGACUUGGAAAAUUUUGAAAAGACACGAAUUAAUGAAUUGUAUGAGAUCAUGAAAAAGACAGCAGAGCAAUACCCAGAGAAACGAAAUGUGACGUUCCCAAAAUUCUCGAUAGAGUCAAGUUUUAAUAUGGUCAGUCAAUUGAAAACACUUGGAAUUAACUUGGCGUUUGGAGAUAUGGCUGACUUUUCUAAUAUGUCGACAGGUGGACAUUUCUGUGUUUCAGACGCCAUUCAUAGAGCUGUUGUCAAAGUCGACGAAAAUGGAACUGAAGCUGCCGCUGCUACUGCUUUAAUGAUGUGUUUGUGUUGUGGACCAAUGGAACCUCCAAGAGAUGUGGUGAUCGAUAAACCUUUCUAUUUUGCUAUUCUUGGAAGGUAUAAAUUGCCGUUGUUCUUUGGAAAAAUUACACAUCCAAAAUUCUAA